CAUUUCUAAAGCAGGACAACCUGACCACGUCACGGAGAAAGAGAAAUCAAAAUCGUUGUUUUGCAUUCCAUAAACAAUCUUUUAAAACACGACCAAAAUGAGCAAAGUAACAUUUAAGAUUACACUGACGUCGGAUCCCAAGUUGCCGUUCAAAGUGUUAAGUGUACCAGAGGGCACGCCAUUUACGGCCGUAUUGAAAUUCGCUUCGGAGGAAUUUAAGGUGCCAGCGGAGACGAGUGCCAUUAUAACAGACGACGGCAUUGGGAUUAGUCCACAGCAGACGGCUGGCAAUGUGUUCCUCAAACAUGGCUCAGAACUGCGACUCAUUCCCAGAGAUCGCGUUGGUCACUAAAUUUUUGUUUACUGCUCCGCUUCUUCUGUCCAUCUAAUUGAGAUUCCUCUACAAUAAAUAACGAAAGUGACACUCACCUGCAAGUAAAA